AUGAGCGCUCUCACCACUGCCAUCUGGGGGCUCGGCUCCAGCCGUGGCACCACAGGCGCCGCGAGUGUUGCCGGCGCUGUUGGGGCCGCCAACAUGCCGGACAUUGUCACGAGGCUGCGAGGCAGGCAGGAGCGAAUUGCGUUUCGGCGCAUGGUUGAGCUGAUUGACUUCUCUUACCCUCAGAGACAGGACCUGCAGGCCACCAUCCUUGGCUGGGAGGGGGCAGACCGCUGCAUCGCUUAUGGGCGCCGGCUGGCCGAUUCCUGGGCGGGCGCAGCGCACCAGCGCGACCUGUGGGAGGCGGCGAGGCCCUGCGUUGGUGACACUCUCUUCAGGACAACCACGAUCAAGUUUGAGGCCAGCAUCGAGGGCGGUUCGGCCGCCCUGCUGCAGCUACAGAUGUACGACGAGGGGCAGCGUGUGACUGCAGCCCGUGUCAUCCUUGCCUUCUGUGCACCGCCCCAGCUGACCCCUGCUGAUGUGCAGGCCGCCUUCUUGAAGAGCCAGGAGACCCUGUCUGUCGUCACCAUCCGCGCCUCCCAUCGUCCCGUGUUUCACGUGGAGAUGGCAAGCUCUGUCGACAGCUCCAAAGUCAUCAACCACGACUGCCCCAGCUCUUUCAAUGCUGAUCCGCCUGCCAGGGUUGACCUGGUUGGCGGGAUCUCCAGCGCCGGCUGCCGCACGCCCUGGGCUGACCUGAGCCUGGGCCUGGGCUUCCAUCGUGAGACGGGGGAGCAGGCGGCCAGCGCCGUGCAGUUCAAGCUCCUGGAUCAGGAGCCUGGCUGGACAGCGCAGCCGCACGCGUUGAUCGAGGUGUUGACAGGGGGCUCGGCGUUCAGCGACGCCUUGAGCGCAGGCGAGUGA